AUGAUCCUCAGCGGCCGCGAAGUCCUCACCCGGCAAUUAGUGCGAAACCUCCGAGAUAUUACCCAACAGCAACCCUGCGGCAUCGACCUCACUCUCCGACAGACCUCCGCAUGGACCUCUGCAGCCACCAUCGACUUCGAUAAUACCAAGCGCCAGGCUUCCAAAACCUCCAUUUUACCUUUCAAUCCCACCCACGCCAUCACCCUCCACCACGGCGCUUACUUGGUUGAUUUCAACGAAACCGUUCAAGUUCCCCUAAAUGGCAUGGGAAGUAUUUUCCCUCGAUCGUCGCUGUGGCGAUCCGGGGUGGGAAUCACGGCUGGUGUGGUAGACGCGGGGUAUCAAGGUGCUCUAGGGGCUUUGUUGGAGGUGAAUAAUCCUAAUGGAGUGGUUUUGUUUCGAGAUGCCAAGCUUGCGCAGAUUGUUUUUGAAGAACUGGGGGAGAUGGUGGAGGGGUAUAGUGGGAUUUAUCAGGCUUCGACGAGUAGUGUUGGGCGGGAUGGGACUGGACGAGCUGACGACCUUUGA